AUGGCUGACACCGAAUACAACGCCGAGGAAGCUGCCGAGCUUAAGAAGAGAAGACAAUUCCGGAAGUUUACCUACCGUGGUAUUGACCUCGACCAGCUCCUCGACCUUUCUUCGGAACAGCUCCGUGAUGUCGUCCACGCCCGUGCCCGCAGAAGGUUCAACCGCGGCUUGAAGCGCAAGCCCAUGGGUCUCAUCAAGAAGCUCCGCAAGGCGAAGCAGGAGGCCCGCCCCAACGAGAAGCCCGACCUCGUCAAGACCCACCUCCGUGACAUGAUCAUUGUCCCCGAAAUGAUCGGCUCCGUCAUCGGUAUCUACUCCGGUAAGGAGUUCAACCAGAUCGAAGUUAAGCCCGAAAUGGUUGGCCACUACCUUGCCGAGUUCUCCAUCUCAUACAAGCCCGUCAAGCACGGUCGUCCCGGUAUUGGUGCCACCCACUCUUCCCGUUUCAUUCCCCUCAAGUAA